AUGCAAGUAUACCGUAGUUCAGAUAAGAUCCUAACAAUUCAGGCAAACUUUGAGGUUGAAAGCGAUGUGAAAAAAACUGCAGACCAAACCAUACAGAAGUUCAACCAGCUUGAUAUUUUGGUCAACAACGCAGGAACUGCUUUCUUUGAAGCAGGCUUGGAAGAGACGUUAUCAUUGGAAAUUUUUGAUACGACCUUUGCAGUGAAUGUCAGAGCACCCCUACAGCUAACCCAUCUUCUAACUCCAUACUUAAUCGCGUCAAAAGGCACUGUUGUUAAUAAUUCUAGCGUUUAUGGAAUCAGAACUCCUCCGAUCAGGGCGUUAAGCUACGGUUUAAGUAAGGCAGCCCUAAAUCACAUGACAAGGUGUAUCGCUGAAGAACUGGCACCUCAAGGAGUCAGAGUUAAUGCAGUAAACCCUGGUGUAAUUCCUACUCAAAUAGCGGCGCGAGCAGGACUUUCAGAUGAGCAAGUCCAAGAGUGGCUGGAGUUCCAUAAGAAAACUCAUGCCAUGCGCAGAACUGGGACUGUUGAAGAAGUGGCUAAACUCGUUGCAUUUCUUGCGUCCAGUGACUCGUCCUUUACCACCGGGGAAACUGUCCUGACAGACGGAGGGAAUCAUCUCUUAGUAACCGCUCUUGAUUAGAAGGAAUUGUUGUUCUUCUUAUUAGCAUUAAAUGGGAAUCCAACCCAAAUAAAAAAAGAGGUUUUAGAGGAAACACUAAAAUCAGAGAAGUAGAUAUAAUA